AUGGCACAAAGAGCAACCGCAACCUGCUUCUGCGGCACCGUCCAACUCGAACUAGUUCNNCCAGUCGAAGGCGACGACCUCACCCAAGUCUUCGUCUGCCACUGCACCGACUGCCGCAAACUCACCGCCUCAGUCUUCACCACCGCCUUCGUAGUANAAGACUCUUCCCUCACCCACCUCCGCGGCGAGGACAAACUCUCCCAAUACGCAACCUCUGCAACCAUAGCUUCCGGCAACACAAUGACGAAUUUCUUUUGCAAGGGCUGUGGGACGUUGAUGUAUAGACGCAGUUCUGGGUUUCCGGGACUGAGUAUUACGAGGGUGGGUACGGUGGACGACUUGGAGUUGCAUGAUACGAAGUUGAAGCCCAGGGUGGAGAUUUGGUGUCAGAGUAGGGUGGCGUGGUAUGGAGGUGUUGAGGGGAUUAAGCAGUCGCAGGAUCAGGCUGCACUUUAA